CACUCUCUCUCUCUCUCUCUCCACUUUCGGAUGCUUACUAAAACCAGAGAGAGAGAGAGAGAGAGGAGCUUCUACGUCUCAUUGUCCACAUUCACUCCGAUCACGAGCCAUGAAUGCGGUGGCGCGUAUUUCCGAGUCGCCACCGCCUCAUCAACCCUUCGGUUCCUCUGCCCUCCAUUGUUUCCAAUCUUGAGAAAGAGCUCGAUCGUUACCUUUCCGGCAGAGCUAGAACCUCUAGCUACUUCGAUCCUGAAACUGUUUUUUCGGAGUUUUCCAUUUUCUCUCUCUUUUUUCCCUUAAUUUCCCCGAAACGGAGAUGGCCAAUUCGCGGCUGAGCUUCCUCGGCCUCGUCCGAUUCAGCACGAGGAGGGCCAACGUCUACUACAUAGCGGUGGUGCCCAUCUGCUGCACCCUGUUCUACGUCGUCGGAAUCUGGCAGCAUUCCGGCUCCGGCUCCGUCUCCGGCCGCCUCUCGCACCUCUCCAUCGUCUCCAAGACCCCAUGCAACGUGUCCCAUACUGCCACUGGCCGGACCGCCCCGCUCGAUUUCUUCCCCCGACACACAUCGGACAACCUCCUGCCUCUGGCUGCAGAGGAGGCCUCCGCGCGCGUGCCCCACUUCCCGCCCUGCCACCCUCGGCUCAGUGAGUACACCCCCUGCGAGGACGCCCAACGAUCGCUGAAGUUCGAGAGGGACAGGUUAAUAUAUAGGGAGAGGCACUGCCCGGAGGAGAAGGAGAAGCUCCGGUGCCGGAUUCCAGCUCCUCACGGGUACCGGCUGCCAUUCCGGUGGCCGGAGAGCCGUGACUUUGCGUGGUUCGCGAAUGUGCCCCACAGAGAGCUGACCGUGGAGAAGAAGAACCAGAAUUGGGUCCGGUUUAAUGGAGAUCGCUUCCAUUUCCCUGGUGGUGGCACGAUGUUCCCGAAUGGUGCCGGUGCUUAUAUCGACGACAUCGGGAAGCUGAUCAAUCUCAAGGAUGGGUCCGUGAGGACCGCCCUCGACACUGGUUGUGGGGUAGCCAGCUGGGGAGCUUACCUCUUGCCCCGGGACAUCCUAGCAGUGUCAUUUGCACCACGGGACACCCACGAAGCUCAGGUGCAGUUCGCUCUUGAACGUGGUGUCCCCGCUUUGAUCGGAGUGCUCGCUUCAAACAGGCUCCCUUACCCUUCGCGAGCUUUUGAUGUGGCACAUUGCUCUCGUUGCCUUAUACCUUGGGGUCAAUAUGAUGGUUUAUUUCUGAUGGAGAUUGACCGAGUUCUACGACCGGGAGGGUACUGGAUUCUUUCGGGCCCACCGAUCAAUUGGGAGCGCCAUUGGAGAGGGUGGGAGCGUACUACUAAAGACCUUAAGGCUGAACAGUCCAGGAUCGAGACGAUAGCUCGGAGCCUGUGUUGGAAGAGACUGAAACAGAAGGAGGACAUUGCUAUAUGGCAGAAACCCACCAACCACAUCCACUGUAGGAUCAACCGAAAGGUUUUCAAGUUCCCGCAAUUCUGCCCGGCACAAGAUCCUGACAAAGCCUGGUACAAAAAAAUGGAGACAUGCAUAACCCCGCUCCCUGAUGCGUACGAUAUUAGAGAGGUCGCAGGUGGUCAACUUGCGAGAUGGCCAGAGAGGUUGACGGCGGUGCCACCUCGAAUCAAGAGUGGAAGCUCCGAAGGAAUAACUGCAGAGACUUUUACUGAGAACACGGAACUGUGGAAGAGAAGGGUAGCACACUACAAAUCUCUGGACUAUCAACUCGCCGAGAGAGGCCGGUACAGUAAUUGUCUCGAUAUGAAUGCUUACUUGGGAGGGUUCGCAGCCGCCCUUGUGGGGGACCCAGCGUGGGUCAUGAACGUCGUUCCUGUCGAGGUGCGUCCCAACACUCUCGGGAUCGUUUACGAGCGUGGGCUGAUUGGCACAUAUCAGGACUGGUGUGAGGCGAUGUCUACUUAUCCCAGAACUUAUGACUUCAUCCAUGCGGACUCUGUAUUUACCAUUUACAAGGACAGGUGUGACACGGGUGAUAUCUUGUUGGAGAUGGAUCGGAUAUUGAGGCCCGAGGGUAGUAUAAUUUUCCGUGACGACGUAGAUAUGCUGGUGAAGGUGAAGGCCAUAAUCGAUGGGAUGCAAUACGAGAGUAGGAUCGCGGACCAUGAAGAUGGGCCUCUCAAUAGGGAGAAAAUUCUUUUGGCUAAGAAGCUGUAUUGGACAGCACCUUCCCCACAAGGGACCAAAACUUAUAUCUAGCAGAGUUUUCAUUGCAAUUGUCCGUUCCCCUCUUAUUCUUCGGGUGGUUUUCUAUUUCAUUUAGCAUAUUUCUUUUUGAAAUUUUCUGUCAAUAAGAACAAUACAUAUAAUAUCGGGGACGAAAUAUUUUUUGGUCCAA